GGAGCAGCAGUACUGACACCCAGGUGUGAUCCCAGGCAGAAGGGGGUCCAAUGGCUUCUUCAAAGUAUGACCCCCACCUGGGCGCAGGCCCAUCCGAGGACUCGGAGAUCCUCCUGGAUGAUUCGGACUCAGGAAGUGUGCUUUCUGAUGACUCAGUGCUUCCCGAUUAUGAAAUGGAUGAAAAGUAUACAGAGCCGGCUAAAACGUUGUACGAGGCCUGCGCUAGGAAUGAGCCCACAUCCCUGCUCAGGGUCCUGGAGAGAGGAGUCACUAAAGACGAGGCCAUGGACCUGGACAACAAUGGCAAGAAUGGACUGAUGCAGGCUGUGGCCAAGGGAUUCAUGGACAUUGUCACCAUGCUGCACACAUGUCCGUUAAUAGAUAUCAAUCACCAAGACAAUGAUGGCAAUACUGCCCUCAUGAUUGCUGCCCAGGCAGGCUUCAGCACCAUUGUAAACUAUAUCCUUAACUUCUACUCUGGUGUGGACACCGAAGUCAGGGAUCCCCGUGGCUUCACAGCCCUCAUCAAGGCUGGCCUGCAGGGCCAAGAAGAGUGUGUGUCUGCUUUGCUAAUGCAUGGUGCAGAUAUGAAUGCAAUAGACCUGGUCCAAGGGAGAAGUCUAAAUGAUUGGGCCCUAAGGACAGGAAGUUUUGAGACCGUUAAGAGACUACGCCGCCUGAACGCUCAUUCUGUCGCUGUGCAGUUCUGCGAAAGUUACAUUCCUGAGUGGCCUGCGCUGAAGCAACUGGUAGCAAAGGCCACCGUCACCAAAACAGCCGGUGAGAAGCUGAGGCAGCGCUUAAAAGAUAGCCUCUCUUUCAGCUUCCAUCAAGACCCCCAAGACAACGGGGUCAUGGACCAUAUGGUGCGGAUGACCUCAGGCAUCCACAGUCCCCUCGUAGUCACUGGUUGCCAUCCACUCUGUCCCUCCAGCCCCCCAGAGAUUGGGAAGCGACGGUUUGCCGUCUCUGAACUACUUGAAAAGCACAGCAUCAAGGAGUUGGAGGAGAGCACAGUGUCCCACAGUAAAGGCUCCGUCACCACCUCAGCUUCUCACUCUGGUGCGUCAGCCACCUCCGUAUCUCUGACCUGCUGCCAGGAGCAUGGCAUAGGAGGCUUCAUUCCCCGUAGCAUGGGACACAGAAACAGCAUUUUCCCCUCAGGCUGUAUUCCCAAGAUUGAAGUGACAAAAUCUCAGGAGUCCACUCCAAAGAAAGAGAAAAAGAAGAAAGCGCAGAAGGGCUACCUGGAGCCUCCUAUCUGGAAGUACAAGGAGAUCAAGGAGGAGAAGAAGAGAGAGAAGAAGGAGCAGCAGCAGCAGGAAAAAGAAAAAGAAAAAGAAAAAGAAAAAGAAAAAGAAAAAGAAAAAGAAAAAGAAAAAGAAAAAGAAAAACAAAGAAAAACAAAGGGGUCCAAACGUUCAUCAAGCAAAAACUGAGGCUUUAUUCUCUUUUCCUCAGAGAACUUCACUGUGAUGAAGUCGUGCAUAAGGGAUGAGCAUGUGAUUACAGCGAUGCCUGUUUUAACAGAAGACUAAGGAAUUGGAAACACAUCGAUGGAUUUGAACCCUUGUUUGGGAUGAACAUGAGAAAACUGGAGCCAUCUGAAUUUGCUAGGUGUGAUGUAUCUUUCUGCAUAUUUGGAAUGCUGAAAAUUAGGUUAUAUUUGGUUAUUUGUUAUUUGGUUUUCGAGAUAUACGGUGAUGAGUCUUAGCAUGGCUGACCCCUACCUUGUGGAUUGAUAGAUUGAGUCUCACAGGUAUGAAAAGUUAUACUGACCACAAACACCUGCAAUGACAGUAUUCCAUAUUCAGGAUUUUACUAAUCUGUGUUUUGUGAAUGAUUUCCAAGUAGAGUGCGAUCAUGGUAUUUAACUGUAACCAAAGACAACCAAAGCAACAGCAAAUACUGUAUACAUGUGAGCAAUGGCCAAAUUAAUUCAUGUCAUAGUUCAUCAAAACGACUGCAAUGUUAAACAGAGGAAAGGGAGACAAAACAUCUUCAUGCCACAUGGUCGCGUCAGAGACUGUGGCUGCUUUUUACGAGACCAAGCUAUGGAAAUGCGUCAGCACCCAACUGUUGUAAGAUUCAUAAACUUUGGUUAUUUUUCCACUAUGCAGAGGGAGUAAGGCUGUUGGGAAACAGAAACAGGAAGUUAAUCGUAGCUAUCUCAUACAUUGUCUGAUUGAGAUCAAAACUGUUCAUUCAGCAGACACAUUCUCAGUAUUCUUGUGUUUCCUACAAUCCCUCAAACACAGCAAAAAGUCCAUUUUACAGAAGUUUAUAAAUUAAAUCAGUCACCAAGUUUUAUCUAAAGGUUAUCCAAUCUUCUUUGUAUGCAACAUGUAGCAGAUACCGGAUGCCUUUAUUGUGCUUUUAUUCCACAGAAUUGUAAGACUCCAAACUGGCAUAUGAACGAUGUUAGCAGCGAAGAUACAGAAAAAGAUAUCUUUUUUAUUUUGCUGGUAUUCAAAUCUGCCGGUGCUCAAUAUACCAAUAUUUGAUGGCCUUUUAUUGGACACCAGAAUUUCUGCUUGCAAUAUACCAAUAGCAUACCAAAUGUAUUUGUACGUAUUUGUACACAAUGUUACUCAGGAAAUAUUUUGGUAAUAAUCUGUUGGGCAUUAUACAUUAAGCAUC